CCCCCCCCCCCCCCCCCCCCCGCCCAGAUGAGCCGCAUGGAUUCCACCGAGGAGGUAGCGGACGUGGCGAGGGAGCUCGUGACCUUUCUGACCCAAACCGCCCGGCCAGACGUCCAGGCAGAGGCAGCGCGCCACGUCCUGGGACUGACGGGGUCCGAGACCGGCCGCUCCCUGCUGGUGGCGCAGGCGGGGCUGCUGCAGGCCUUGGUGAAGCUCAUGGACGCCCCCCCUGCGGCGGGGGCCGGGUCAGUGGGGGACGCCUGGCGGGCCAUGGUGAACCUGUGCGCAGAGCCCAACGUCCACAUCUCCAUGCUGGCCGAGCUGCCCCAGCUCCCUGUGCAGCUGCUGGGCCGGGCGCUAGCCCCAAACUGGCCCUGGGCCGGAGAGGCUGCAGCCGCGCUGGCCAAUCUGAGCCGGGAGUCGGAGCCCAUCAGGGAGCUGCUGGGCAAGAGGCUGGAGUGCAGCAGUGACAAGGCAAGUCAGGAGCCCAGCCUGGCCCUAAUUGUGACUGCCUUGACCACGCCCGGCUAUAACCCCCAUUCCCCUCUCCACUACCUGGCCUCCCUGCUCUCCAACCUCAGCCACCUCCCGCGAGUCCGAGCCUUCUUGCUGGACCCUAACAGGCGUCUGAUCCAGCGGCUCCUGCCUCUCAUCCACUGGCCAGACUCUGCUGUCCCCAGGAUAGGGGUGGUGGGCACGCUGAGGAACUGCUGCUUUGAGCACGGUUCCCAUGAGUGGCUCCUGGGUCCCCAAGUGGAGCUGCUUACCUUCCUGCUGAUGCCGCUGGCUGGCCCUGAGGAACUCACGGAGGAGGAGAUGGAUCGAUUGCCAAUGGACCUGCAGUACCUGCCCCCAGACAAGGAGCGUGAGCCAGAUGCUGAAAUCCGAAAGAUGCUCAUUGAGACCAUUAUGUUGCUCACAGCCACAGCUCCCGGACGGAAACUAGUGAAGGAUCAAGGGGCUUAUCUGGUGCUGAGGGAGCUGCAUACCUGGGAACCGAAUCCUGAGGUCCGGCUGGCCUGUGAGAAACUCAUUCAGGUGCUGAUUGGGGAUGAACCAGAGGCAGGCAUGGAAAACCUUCUAGAAGUGACUGUCCCCCCAGAUGUAGAGCAGAGGUUGCAGCAGCUGGACCAGCAGGAGCAGCAACAGCUUCAGCAGGAACGAGAAGAGGCUGGCCAGCCCUAGAGCAGGCCCCAUAACCUGGGAUCUUGCUGAUGGGGCCCUGUACCCCUCCCCAUGCCUUUUUGCCCUCUGACCAGAGGGCUCUUGUGACCGCUAGCCCCGCUGGAGGUUGUGCCCAGGCUGCUGGGCUCGAGGAACCAGCCUUCUUUCCCUUGUCUUUCUGUGGGUGGGCGAAGCCUGGCUCCCAUCAGUCUCUGUACUUAAUCUGCCUCCCACUUCAGCUUGUUAAGAAUCUGCCCUAGGCCAGGGGUGAGGAGUGGGCAACAAACACCGCUGGGGUGCUGGAUGUGUCCCCAGAAUGACUGUGGGCCAGGCCCGUUGCCAGGCCCUCCCUUCCCUUGGAGAGCUCUGGAAUUUGUGUCUGUACUUCUCACUGAGCCUAAUACCUACUGUUGUGGUCAAGCGGGGCAAGUCUCUGUGACAGCCCUCCACAUUGGAAGACAGCUGUCAUUGUCUUCCUCCUCCCCACCUAGUUUCUUUCACCAGUUCCUAUUGUCAUGAUCUCCAAACCUUUCACUAUUCUGUGGGACCUCCUCUUCACAGGUCUCAAUGCAUUAAUGUCCUUCGUAAAAUGUGGUGCUCAAAUCCAAACACCAAAGGUGAUCAAAGUAGAGGAGUGGACAAGAGGGCCAUCACCUCCCUAAUCCGGGACUCUGUGCCUUUAUCAAAACAGCAUUCUAUGUCAUACUAUUGCUUUAUAUUCCCGGAAUAUAUUUUUACACACACUGUUGACUUAAAUCCAUUCCUCUUCCUCCUCCCUCCUCCCUCCUCUGUGUGGUUGAUUUUUUUGAGCCCGAAACUAGGAGUUUACAUUUAUUCCUAUUAAAUGUCAUGUUGAU